AUGGGUAAAGAACGUCUGGGAUGCCUCUCGACGAUCCCGUUGGUACAGUUCAACGUCACGAUCUCCCUGGACGAGGGGCGACCGAGCCUAGAACGGCAGGGUCUGGGGUAUCCGCCUUUCCUUGAAGGGGGAACCGAAAUCGGAACCCGAGGCGGGCCCUUGUUACCUUUCGGCAAUGUGCCCAACCAAGCCCUCGGCUCCUUGAGUGGCUGGGACACGCUGUUCAAGCACUUCCGGCCUCAAGUGGUGUUCGGCGAGGAAGCUGGCCUUUCGACGAUCCCAGAGCUGGCGGUGCCUCUAGCGUCGUUCAUGCAAUCGAUCAAGCUUGUCAUUCUCACGGGCGACCAGAAGCAGCUCAGACCGAUUCUGCCAUCCGUAGGCUCGAACGAGAGCGAGAAUAUUCUGAAGCGCUCUCUUUUCGAGAUCCUCCUGAACAGUGAGGACGUUGUUGAGGGUCAAGACGCUACCGUCUGUGUCCUUGAUCUUGCCCAGCGCCAGGCUCUUGAAGCGGUUGAUAUCGAGGCCGAAGCCCUUGAUUUAGGCGUACGAUAG